CCCUAAAAAGAGGUAUGAAGUUCACAGACUCGCCGGUGAUAGAGCUCCCCGUCGGCGACGCCGUCCUCUCCUUCCAACAAGACAACGGCUCCCUCCACGUCGGCACCACCGUCUGGCCCUGCUCCUUAGUCCUCGUCAAGUUCGCCGAGCGCUGGGCCCCGCCCACCACCCACCCCCAAAACCCCUACUCCGACCUCCUUGAUUUCCGCGCGAAACGCGCCGUCGAGCUCGGCGCCGGAUGCGGAGUCGCCGCCAUGGGGCUCUACCUCCUCGGCCUCACCGACGUCGUCAUCACCGACAUCCCCGCCGUGAUGCCGGCGCUGAAGCGGAACCUCAAGCGCAACAAGCCCGUCCUCGGCAAGAACCUCAAGCACGCGAUUCUCCACUGGAACAAGGCCGACCAGAUCGCCGCCCUCAGCCCUCCGUACGACGUCGUUGUGGCCACCGACGUGGUUUACAUCGAGGAGACGGUGGGCCCGCUGAUCUCGACCAUGGAGGCGAUGGUGAAGGACGACGGCGUCGUUUUGCUCGGCUACCAAUUGAGGUCGCCGGAGGCGCAUAAGCUGUUCUGGGAAAUGUGUGAAGGGGUUUUUUUUAUCGAGAAAGUUCCGCACCAGGAUUUGCACCCUGAUUAUGCGUAUGAGGAGACCGACGUCUAUAUCUUGCGCAAGAAGAAACAGGAAAUCUGACUCUUCUCAGGCUCUCAGGUUUUUCAGACUCUUCUUGUUUUUAAAUGUUAAGUUUAUCUUUUGGUGUAUUUUGUUUUUGUUUAGUUGAUGUGUUGCUGCUCCAAUUUUAAGAUGGAAAUUUGUUGUGCUCGGUUACUAGUGUAUUCUGUUUAUGUACUCUGCUUGUAAAUAUGCUUAUUCUAUGAGAGUAUCAUAUAACAUUUCGAAGAUGAUCA